ACUUGAAUACACACUCCAUUCUAUCUUUCCACAUACGCUCCUUCCUCCGAGAAAACGCCAGCCGUAAUCAGAUACUUCCAAUGGUGGUUCAACGGAAAUGGGGCGAUAACCACAUUAACAAAUCCUUCAAACAAAUCGAUCGCAGUACUUGGCUCAUCGGUAAAUUCGUCUUGCACCGAUCUCCUUCUCCUAGUGAUACCGCGACCUGGAACGACGAUAGCGACAAUUCGAGCUACACCUUGACGCCUGGUGAUGCCUCUGCCGUCUGGUCGAUAGGAGGCAACGCGAUUUGCAAAGUUCGGUACACCGAGGAGGGUGUCACGCCUGAAUCAGUGACUUUAAAUUUUGUAAAGGAUAGACAACCUAGUUUUGAGACACCAAGGGUAUUGCAUCAUGCAUUUGAUAAAGACAGAUCUUACCUAUUUAUUCAAAGACUUCAAGGACGAACGCUAGAUACGGCGUGGCCAACCCUGAAUGAUUACUGGAAAACCCACUACAUGUCUGCAGUAGUCGAUGCCUGUCUAGAAAUGACACAAUGGCGAAGUUCAGCUUUGGGUGGCGUAGAUAAUCAGUACAUACCUGAGUACUUUCUUGCUGGGCCAAAAGACGACUUCAGCGUGCUUCAUUCAGGAUUUGAAUCAAUCGGUAUGGACUGCUCAAGCUUCGUCUUUUAUCACGCCGAUCUUGGACCUACCAAUAUCAUUGUGGAACAUGAGCCAAAUACUGGAAGGAUUGGCAUCAUUGACUUUGAAAUUUCUGGCUAUUUUCCCUUAGGUUGGAUCAGAACCAAAUUUCGACUUUCUAGUGGAAUGAAUUUUUCUGCUAUGGCAUCGGAUAAUGCUAUAGCUUGGAGGGCAGGAAUCCAGAAAAUGCUAGAAGCUAAGGGUUUCGAGGAUUAUUCACAGGCUUGGAUAAAAUGGCGAGGAUAUACAGAAUCUUAGUAGUAGUAGCGAUUAGAGAUAUGAUUCUACUAUUACGCUAAACGUCUACGUAACAACCUUACAGCCAAGCUACUAGAGAGACCUAUGUAACUAAUCUUUCUGGAUCUCUGAAAACAAUCUAAGCCCGAUAUGCUGUCUGUUGUCCUUCGGCAAAGCUAUUCAUUGUUACUACUACAAGUCUCGCAGCAAGCCUGUUGAUA